AGCAACUCGUACGAGGAUCACGCAACUUGAGCUGGCAGCACCACACGUCAGCACCGUUUGACGCGACAGUGAGCAAAAUGCUGGGACGAUGAUGACGAAGAGGCGAAGAGAAGAGCACCGAGAGGCGCGCGACCGAUGACGUGGUGGUCAGCUACGCCAGUCGACGCAGGCUACUAGUACGCGCUGGCUCCUGGCUCUUGGCGCCGCUGUCACCGCCGACGCCAGUCAUCCGUGGACUCGACCUCAAUACGAUCGUUCAAAUGCAGGCUUCAGCGGACCCACUAUGUGGCCUGUCGCCAGAGCUGCUCCCAGACCCGCGAAACGAGCCGAGCAUUACACUCGGUCGCCAAGGCAGUAACAUGCGAGGUGCAAGGGUCGCCACUCACUGGCCUUGGCACCGCCUGCGGACGGCGCUCGCAGCCGUCGCGCGUUCACCGUCCAUCGUGGCGGUGGUGGUCUCGACUCGCCGGCAAGCCGCGUUUACCUUGUUCUGCGGAACGUUACGGCGGAGCUUUAACGCGAUAAAACGCAGUUUCGACGGGGCAGAUUAAAUUACAUACAAAGUGAUAGAGGCGCCGCAGCGAAAUAAAAUGGGGUGCAUUGCAGCAUUUGCCAUCAUGGCCUGGUCCGUCCUCGACGUCGUGACGGCGCGGAUCCCGACGUGGAACUCGCAGCUCGAGAACCAGACCGCCCGCGGUGGCGGCCAGCGCUUCACGAGCUUCCAGAUCACCGUGCAGGGCCGCAGCGCGUCGUGGUCGCUCGCCAAGCGCUACAGCCAAUUCCGCGACCUCCACCUCGGGCUCUGCAAGCGCUACGCGUCCGUGCGCAACCUGCCGUUCCCGCCCAAGCGCUUCUUCUCGUCGCUCUCGCUGCGUGUCAUUGAGCAGCGACGGCUUGGCCUCGAAAGCUAUGUCCAGAGCCUCUUGGCCAUGCGCCCGCGCCCGCACGAGCUCACGCCGUUCCUUGCGCCCAACGCGGACGAGAAUUCCAUGAACGACCCGGCUGGACGCACGCCCACGUCCGAGGCCGGCUCGACCUUUACGACCCAGCACGCAGCGCUGGAUGUGGUCACGCCGCCCAUCGACUUGUACUUGGACACGUCGUUCGACCCGAAUCGCAAGUGGUCGGUCGCCGACUUUGAGAUCCUCAAGGUGCUCGGGAAAGGGUCGUUCGGCAAGGUGUACCUUGUCCGUACGCGCGACGACAACAACACGCUGUAUGCGAUGAAGGUGCUCAAGAAGACGGAGCUCAUCCAGCGCCACCAAGUGGACCACACGAUGACGGAGCGAGAAGUCAUGAGCGCGCUCAAGCACCCGUUCAUCGUCGCCCUGCGCUGCUCGUUCCAGACGGACUCGACGCUCUUCAUGGUCUCGGACUACUGCUGCGGCGGCGAGAUCUUCUUUCAUCUCAAGAAAUUCCGCGCCUUCUCCGAGUCCAUGGUGCGCUUCUACGCAGCCGAGCUUAUCUCGGCGCUCGGCUAUUUGCAUUCGAAGAACAUUGUGUACCGCGACCUCAAGCCCGAGAACGUCCUCCUCGACGCCGAAGGCCAUCUGCGCCUCACCGACUUUGGCCUCUCCAAGAAGCAGGUCACGAGUACGUCCGGCGCGCGCACGUUUUGCGGUACGCCCGAGUACCUCGCGCCCGAGAUGCUCCUGAGUCGCAAGCACAAGUCGAUGUACGGCAGCGCGAUCGACUGGUGGAGCCUGGGCACGCUCCUCUACGAGAUGCUCACGGGCUGGCCGCCGUUCUUUGACCGCGACGUGCAAAAGAUGUGCGAAAACAUUCUGAUUGCCCCGCUGGCCUUCCCCGCGCGCUUUGGCAUCUCGUCGUCGGCCAAGUCGCUCAUCCGCGGCCUCCUCGAACGGGACCCCGCCAAGCGACUGCAAGCCCCGGCACUCAAGGCCCACCCGUUCUUCCAGGGCCUUGACUGGAAAGCGCUGGAAGAGAAGCGGCUCAAACCGCCGUUCAAGCCGCGCCUGCAGAGCCCGACGGACCUCCAGAACUUUGACAAGGAGUUCACCAAGGACGCGGUGCCCAACCUUGGCAACGAGGAGACGUCGAGUACGAGCGUCGAAGACGAGUUUUACGGCUUUUCGUUCACGUACCACCACCAAGCCAGCCCGAUGCUGACCGAGAGCGACAUGCUGCGCCUCCGCCGGAACCACUCGAUCGUCUAGUGUGGUCACCGUGGAGGCGUAUUUAACACUGUAGAUAUCGUGCCCAAUGUUGGCGUCCGUCUAUUGUCGCUUCAAAUAUAGACAAUGCUGUGGCCACGAAACGUCACGAUCAGGGAUUGGCCAAAAUGCCAAAUGGCAUAGCCAAUCAGCAGCGUCCGUGUCAUAAUCAAACUUUUGCUCGCAUGGAGAACGAGG